GGGAGGGGGGUGGGGGCUCGUGCACGCCCAGGCGAGCGAGGCUUAGGGACCCGCGGACGGACGGACGGACGGACGGACGGAGUGGACCCUCCCCUAGAGCCAUGGCCGAGAGAAAGCAAUCCGGCAAGGCAGCCGAGGACGAAGAGGUCCCUGCCUUUUUUAAAAACCUCGGUUCGGGCAGCCCCAAGCCCCGGCAGAAAUUCUGUGGCAUGUUUUGCCCGGUGGAAGGGUCUUCGGAGAACAAGACCAUCGACUUCGAUUCUCUGUCGGUGGGUCGGGGCUCGGGGCAGGUAGUGGCUCAGCAGAGGGAUGUCGCCCACUUGGGCCCGGAUCCGCACCGGCAGAGCCGGCGUGCGGGUGGAGAGCCAUCUGUUGAGUCCGGACGCAAGGUGGAGAUUCGUCGAGCCUCGGGCAAGGAAGCCCUUCAAAAUAUCUACGACCAGAGUGACCGUCUUCUGAUCAAAGGUGGUAAAAUUGUGAAUGAUGACCAGUCGUUCUACGCAGACAUCUACAUGGAAGAUGGGCUGAUCAAGCAAAUUGGAGAAAACCUGAUUGUGCCAGGAGGGGUGAAGACCAUCGAAGCCCAUUCCAGAAUGGUGAUCCCUGGAGGAAUUGAUGUUCAUACUCGAUUCCAGAUGCCUGACCAGGGGAUGACAUCAGCUGAUGACUUCUUCCAAGGAACCAAGGCGGCCCUGGCUGGGGGAACCACCAUGAUCAUUGACCAUGUGGUUCCUGAGCCCGGGACCAGCCUGCUGGCUGCCUUCGACCAGUGGAGGGAAUGGGCCGACAGCAAGUCCUGCUGUGAUUACUCUCUGCAUGUCGACAUCACCGAAUGGCACAAGGGCGUCCAGGAGGAGAUGGAAACUCUGGUGAAGGAUCACGGGGUAAACUCCUUCCUCGUAUACAUGGCUUUCAAAGAUCGCUUCCAGCUGACGGAUUCCCAGAUAUACGAAGUGCUGAGUGUGAUCCGGGAUAUUGGUGCCAUAGCCCAAGUCCACGCGGAAAAUGGCGACAUCAUUGCCGAGGAGCAGCAGAGGAUCCUGGAUUUGGGCAUCACUGGCCCCGAGGGACAUGUGCUGAGCCGACCUGAGGAGGUGGAGGCUGAAGCCGUGAACCGUUCCAUCACCAUUGCCAACCAGACCAACUGCCCCCUGUACGUCACGAAGGUGAUGAGCAAGAGCGCGGCGGAGGUCAUCGCCCAGGCGCGGAAGAAGGGAACGGUGGUGUACGGUGAGCCUAUCACUGCCAGCUUGGGGACCGAUGGCUCCCACUACUGGAGCAAGAAUUGGGCCAAGGCGGCUGCCUUCGUCACCUCCCCACCCCUGAGUCCUGACCCGACCACUCCAGACUUUCUCAACUCAUUGCUGUCCUGUGGAGACCUCCAGGUCACGGGCAGCGCCCACUGUACCUUCAACACCGCCCAGAAGGCCGUGGGGAAGGACAACUUCACCCUGAUUCCUGAGGGCACCAACGGCACGGAGGAGCGGAUGUCCGUCAUCUGGGACAAGGCUGUGGUCACUGGGAAGAUGGACGAGAACCAGUUUGUGGCUGUGACCAGCACUAACGCGGCCAAAGUCUUCAAUCUUUACCCUCGGAAAGGCCGCAUCGCUGUGGGUUCUGAUGCGGACCUCGUCAUCUGGGACCCCGAUAGCGUCAAGACCAUCUCUGCCAAGACUCACAACAGCGCUCUCGAGUACAACAUCUUCGAAGGCAUGGACUGCCGUGGCUCCCCUCUGGUUGUUAUCAGCCAGGGUAAGAUCGUUCUGGAAGAUGGCACACUUCAUGUCACUGAAGGCUCCGGGCGCUACAUCCCCCGGAAGCCCUUCCCUGACUUUGUAUACAAGCGUAUCAAGGCAAGGAGCAGGCUGGCUGAGCUGAGAGGGGUCCCCCGCGGCCUGUAUGAUGGGCCCGUGUGCGAGGUGUCUGUGACUCCCAAGACGGUCACUCCAGCGUCCUCUGCCAAGACGUCCCCUGCCAAGCAGCAGGCGCCGCCUGUCCGGAACCUGCACCAGUCUGGAUUCAGCUUGUCUGGUGCCCAGAUCGAUGACAACAUCCCCCGCCGCACCACCCAGCGCAUCGUGGCGCCCCCUGGUGGCCGUGCCAACAUCACCAGCCUGGGCUAGAGCCCCUGGGCCUUGCAAGGCCACUUGGGGAUGGGGGAUGGGACACCUGAGGACAUUCUGAGACUUCCUUCCUUCCUUCCUUCCAUUAUUAUUACUUUUGUUUCUUUUUAAGAGCCUGUGAUAGUUGCUGUGGGCAGCCAGUUCCUGGGGCUCCCUCUUGGGCCCCCCCCCCACCCCCCGCACUCCCAUUCAUCUCCCUUGGAGUUCCUGAAUCGGCUCACCCAAGUCCCUGCACAUCCACGAACGCCACACACCCAAGCCUAGACACCCACCCCACACGGAGCUGCACCCAACACACAGACAUGCGCCGCGACCCAGAUCCCGGCCAGGGCGCCCCGAGCGGCCCCCCGAGCUGCGCGCUCAGCGUUUUUCCUCGCCAUGAGAAAGAUACAGUGAAUUACCCAGAGCUGCCUUUCUUGUUUUCUUUUUAAAUUUUUUUAUAAGGGUUUUUCUUUGUGGGGCUGGGGAGGGGCAGGGGUGGGAGAGUUUUUUUUUUUUUUUUUUUCAAAUACUAAAUUGGAAAGUCUAAUUCAAUAUUAAUCCAUGGGGCUUGAACUGGACAUCCUAAUGAUGCAAUUAUGUAACCAUCAUGCUAACCGGGGGUCGGGGGGCGGGGGCUGGCAGAGUGCCUCCUCCCGAGAGGCCCCCAGUGUCCACAUCACCAUCCUGGCACAUUCUGGGUCAGCUGUUGAGGAGGUCAGGUUUUCUUCUUUGGCCUGGAUUUUGCAGCAGACGAGACCUUUUGAGAAUUCUCCUCACCGCCCUCCACAUGUCAGCUCUGUCUGUGGCCUUCUGCCUUUUUGUGUAUUUCCAGGUGCCCGUCUCUUUUCUCGAGUUUCUCUGAGACGGUGUUUUUCUCCCCUUGCCCUCUCGUCUGUUAUCACCAAGUGUACCGUUUGGCUUCAGUCACAGUCCGCCUAGGAGGGCCCCAGUUUUCUCCUCGCACCCAGGUCACGUGUUAUUUUGAUCCCCGUAAGAUUGGUGCUACCCGCUCACCGUUACUAGGGGGUGUGUCUGAGUUUGAGAUUCUUGCCUGGAAUAGAGAUGACCUGGAAUUAUAUCACCCAUAUUGUCACCUGUGGGCCCAGAGUGGAGCCACCCAGCAGAGAGACACGGAAGGAUAAGGCUGGUGACAGCGUUACCAGGCAAUUCUGACAGCUUAAAGACAUGGUAGAACCUUUAAGUGUGGCCUUCGGGCCCCUCUGCAGCAAGCAGCCAGCUUCUAGCCAUCUACCAGCUGGGGAGGGUUUCUUCAAGGGGAGUCUGCCAGAGUCCGCUUUUUCCUGGUUGGGGGUCGUUCUAGAACACACUGGAGCUCUUCAGUGGGCGGGAGGGGGACAUUUUUGUUUUCUGUCCAGUUAUUUCCAAAUGUCUAACAUGAUCUAGGGAGGCCUUAUAAACUCAGAAAGAAAGAAAGAAAAAAAAAACUUGAAAAAUUGGACUUCCAAUCUGUUUUACUUUACAU